AAUAGGCCCAAAAGGGCCCAUUAUAAGUUUAUAGGGUAUAUGUGGCCUAUAGGCCUUGUCUUAGACCCAUUUAGUUCUUCUCUAUAGACCGUCUCUCUUUCGGCGUCUCGUAUAAAAAUCUCAUUUGCUUUUCUACAAAUCACUCCCAAAAUUCUCUCCAUCAAUCUCUCUUACACACUACACAAAUUCAACAACUGAAACCAACUCAGAGCAAAAGCUUGAUUUGACACUAUGGCGAGCAUUAGCAACGAGCCCGAGCGUGAGAACAGAGACGAAGAAGAGACUGGAGCCAACGAAGAUGAAGACACCGGUGCUCAGGUUGCUCCUAUCGUCAGGCUUGAAGAAGUCGCCGUCACCACCGGUGAAGAAGACGAAGACACCAUCCUCGAUCUGAAAUCGAAGUUGUAUCGAUUUGAUAAAGAUGGAAGUCAGUGGAAGGAGAGAGGUGCUGGUACUGUUAAGUUUUUGAAACAUAGAGUUUCUGGGAAGAUUCGUCUCGUUAUGAGGCAAUCGAAAACUUUGAAGAUCUGUGCUAAUCAUCUUGUUGGAUCGGGUAUGAGUGUUCAGGAACACGCUGGGAAUGAUAAGUCUUGUGUAUGGCACGCUCGUGAUUUCUCCGAUGGUGAAUUGAAGGAUGAGCUCUUCUGUAUCCGGUUUGCUUCAGUUGAGAAUUGCAAAGCAUUUAUGCAAAAGUUCAAGGAAGUAGCUGAAUCUGAAGAAGAGAAAGAAGAGAGCAAAGAUGCCUCUGAUACCGCUGGUCUUCUUGAGAAGUUAACAGUGGAAGAGAAGGAAAGUGAGAAGAAACCAGUGGAGAAGGCAGAGGAAAACAAAAAGAGUGAAGCUGUUGAAGAAAAGAAAACAGAGGAGUCUGUUCCCUCAGCUUAAGAUGCAUGCUUACACACACAUACGGCCAGGUAAUCAAUAGCCUGAUGUGUUUUAAAUCCAUCGAAGGAAGACUUGGCUUUUAUUUUCAAAUUGAAUACAUGUUUUGAGUCGUGUUGAGAGUCUAUAUGUUUAGUGUCACAAAAGUGUCACAGGUGACAUUUUGCAUAUUGCGAGAUUGAUUUUCGUGCUUGUUUGGGUUUCAUUAUCUGGAAGAAAAAAAGAGUGUAUUUUGAGCUCUCUUAUGAUUUUUUUUUGGAAAAAGUGUGGACUCAAGAGAAGAUUUUAUUUUGAGUUCACAAAAAUUUGUAUGCAUGGAUGAUUCGCGUGUUCUCUUUUUAAUGCCAGUCGUGUUAUUGAAUCACUGAAAAGUGGUUACUCAUAAUUCUAGAUAUCCGUAGCUAAUUGGCUAUAAAAUGGGUAAAGUUGGAAUUAACUA